AUGGCAGAGGGAGGGAAAGGGGUGGCUGGCAGCCAGCAGCCACUGAUGGUUGUUUUUCUGUUGUGUGUGUGUGUGUGUGUGUGUGUGUGUGUGUGUGUGGCCCACGCCUGCCUCUCAGGCUUUAAAAUGUGUGUCAGCAGCAGCAGCCACGAGGAGGCGCCCGUGCUGAAUGACAAGCACCUGGAUGUGCCCAAUAUCAUCAUCACACCCCCGACCCCCACGAGCAUGACGCUGUCAAGAGACUCGCGGAAGGCAGACUGGCUGGAUGAGACGGGCUCGUGCAUGGAUGAUGGAGAAAUGGAACCAGACGCAUGA